AUGAAUUUAUUAAAUAACAAAGGAAAUGAUAUAGAAGGUGAUAAAAAAAAUAAGUUAGAUAACGAAAAUGAAGAAAAUCAAUUAAGUAAAAAUAAUGAUGAAAGUAUAUUUGAUAAAAAAUGUAAACAAGAAAUAUUAAAAGAAAAAAAAGAUGAACAUAAAGAUAUAAAUAUACAUCAAAAAAAUAGUUUAAAUGAUGAUGUUAUAUUCUCAAAUGUAACUUUAUGCUUAAUGGGGAUGUCAUCUGUGAUUCUUUAUAAUUAUGUAUUAAAUACAACUCCCCACAUUCAUGCAAUGCUAAAUAAAAAUAUUAUGAUUUCCUUCACAUUUUUCUUAUAUUUUUUUGUUUUGGUUAUUGUAUCAUUAGUUAGUUCUUUAUUACUUGAAGUUAAAAUAAUUACUUAUGAUAUAUGCUUUAUUUUAUCAUUUGUUUUUCAGCUUAUUUACCCAUAUAUAGUAAAAUAUUAUUAUGAUAGAACUUUUUUUUUCUAUUUUCUAAUAUGCUGUAUUGGAGGGAUUUGCUCAAUUUUAAAAACUAUGAUAUUUUCCAUAGCAUCUAUAGUUUUAAACAGUUCAAAAGUAGUUUGCUUAUCAUAUGGAUUAACUGGAAUAUAUUCUUUUUUCCUUACUUCCUUAUUUUAUUAUUUUAUUAUUAAAGUUGAUAAAAAUGUAGAAAAGCUUCAGUUAUCUUUAUUUAUCACAUCGACAAUUAAUUGUAUGCUCAUAUUAUGCUCCUUUAUUUGCUAUUCACUUUUAAAGAGAACAAAAAAUUUCAAAAAGAAGUUUAAAAUAUAUACAGAAGAAAGAAAGCAUGAAAAAGAAAGCGAAAAAUUCUACUAUGAAAAUAUCUUAGAUCAGAACACAUUAGAUGCUUCUUAUUCUAUAUCCAUUAAUGUGAUAAAAGAUGUAGACAAUACAGAUGGUAAAUAUUAUUUAACAGAAAAUGAAAAUGUAAACGCAGGAAAAAAAAAAAAAGGCGAAGAAAAAUAUACAAAUAACACUGAUAAUCAAAUAAAAGAAAAAAUGACAUCAAAUAAUGUUUCAUUUAAUAAACCAGUAAAUAAUAAUAAAAGUAAUACAAUUUCAUUAGCAACUAAAAAUAAAUUCUGCAAUAAAUUAUUAUUAUAUAAAAGAAAUAUGAGGAAUUUUAUGAAGCGUGCAAAACAUAAAACCUUUUUAUAUAGAAAAGCAUUUAUCUCUUUAUUUUGUGUAUUUUACAAUAUAUUUUUAAAAGUUAUAGUUUUUCCUGUUGUUUGUCCAGAAAUAUGGACAAAAAAUGUAGAUGAACGAUACAUAUUAAUUGGAAUAGUUCAAGUAGCUGACUGUGUAAGUAGAAUUUUUCCUACAUUCGCCCAAAGUUUUCCAAUUUUAAAAUUUUUUCUUUUGCCACAAAAAAAAGUACUAUUAUAUUCAUUUGCAAGAACUUUUUUGUCAUUAUUAUGUUUAAUUAUUCCCAUAACGAAAAGUCAUAUUUUUCAUAAUUUUAUUUUUAAAUGCCUUCUAAUUUUUGCAAAUAUAUAUUUGAACGGAUGGUUUGUUACAUUGUCCUUUAUAAAUAUUCCUAGUGUUUUAAAAUCAUUUAAUUCAUUAAGCAAUGCUGCAAUUGUUAACAGUUUUGGAUCUACCUUACUAAGAGUUGGACUAUUAGCAGGAUAUGGAGCUUCUACAAUCUAUAAAUAUUUUGUUACACAAUUUAUAACCUAUAACUCAUAA